AAACGCCAGGGUAUACCCAACGACCUGUCAUCCAAAAGUGGACUACCAUUUCAUGUGACCGAUAAUGAGUCGCAUAGAAAAUACGGCAAAAUUGUCGGCUAUUACGAAGGAGCUGACCGAUGAGAGCGAGCACAUGAACAAAGGCCUGUUCUUCUCGAGGUAUCCCAACUGGAAACGGAUCCGAGCCAUACAUUCGCCAUCGUUUUCAACGGGAAAACUAAAGGCAAUGAAACCGAUGAUCGAGAAAACUAUGGAUCAAUUGAUCGCCAAAUUAGAUCCGAAAGCCAGUGAUCAGCAAAUCGUAGACUUCCGGCAUUAUUACGAUUCCCUUACCUUUGAUGUGAUCACACGGGCAGCAGCCGGCGAACUGGAUUAUUUUAAUCCCCUGAUUCAAACAGCGAGUAUAUAA